GUGCCAUACACCCUAACUAUUGUGGAUACUCCUGGCUUUGGAGACACCAGAGGAAUAAAACAAGAUGAAAAGAUAACCGAAUCAAUCCGCACGUUUCUCAAUAGCAGUAGUGUUGAAGGGAUUGAUCACAUUGAUGCCAUCUAUUUCCUCGUCCAAGCAAGUAUCCCAAGCCUUACACAUACCCAGCGCUACGUAUUUGACAGAAUUCUAUCAAUGUUUGGCAAAGAUAUCAAGAAGAACAUAUCUGUUCUAUUUACCUUUGCUGAUGGCCAACAGCCCCAGGCUUUAUCCUCGCUGCAAGAGGCCGGAAUUCUUGAUAGCGAAGGGACUUUUUUCACGUUUAAUAACCGAAUGUUCUGGUCAAUGGGAAUUAAGAGUUUCGAAAAGUUUUUUAAAAGCCUUAAUGAAACGGAAAGCAAAAGCCUUGUUCUGACAAAGGAGGUAUUGAAGGAAAGAGCGCAAUUAGAAGUUACAGUAAGUGGCUUGCAGGAGAAGAUGAACUGCGGAAUAAACACUCUAAGCCGACUUCAGCAAGAAAAGAGAAUAUUCGACCAACAUGCCGUCGACAUCAAUGCCAACAGGAACUUCAAGUACACUGUAAGGGAAGAAAGAAGAGUGCUAGUGCCCUUGAAAACUGGUACGUAUGCAUUGGUAUGUACCGUUUGCAAUUAUGUAUGCCACUACCCUUGCCCCAUCCCAAGGUGUGAAGACAAGGCACGUUGUGUAGCAAUGACCAAUGGAAGCUGCCAUGAAUGUCCCAAUCGUUGUCAUUGGUCACGUCAUGUUAGUGAUACAUAUCGGAAGGUCACGGAGUAUGUGGAAGUCGAAAAAGAGCACGACAUCAAGAAAACGUUGUACCAGAAAGCAGUAGAAGGGCAAACCAAUGUCGAAGCACUCAUUAGUCAACUUCAGGACGAAUUUAAUAGCACUCAGGAAAUUGUUUUUUCGUUUGUAGCAGAAAUGCAGCGUUGCCUUCAGCGGCUCUCGGAAAUUGCUCUGAAGAAUAAUGCGCUGCUGGAUUAUUUCGAUCUUCUUAUUCAAUCAGAAGAAAUGCAAGCUAAACCUGGUUUCAAAGAGCGUGUAAGAUCUUUACAGGAAACAAGAAAUCGGGCUGAGCAGAUAAAUAAGAUGGCAACACCUGGUUAUGACCCAUGGAAACAGUACAGAGAGAACGAAGAAGCACGAAUGUUCCUAAUUCAAAGAGAUAACAGUCGGCAGAAAGGAUUAUAG